AUGGGUGCAACGAACGUCCCUGUGGUACCAGGGGAGAUGGAGCUUGGUGGUCAUAAGAAUGAGAUAGACUAUGAUCAGGUCGGCCUUGAGAAGCAGGAAGCUACGCCAGCAUACGAACAAGAUGCCUUUGGCAACGAGGAGUCUGCGGAGGUUAAAUACAAGGUUUUGAGGUGGUGGCAGUGUGGUCUGCUCAUGGUUGCUGAGACUGUGUCUCUGGGUGUUCUCUCUCUGCCUUCUGCUGUUGCGACUAUGGGUCUUGUGCCCUCGAUCAUUGUGCUCAUCGGCUUGGGAGUGAUCACCACCUACACUGGAUACAUUAUGGGUCAGAUGAAGUUAAGGUUUCCUCAAAUCACCACUAUGGCUGACGCCGGUGAGGUUAUUGGAGGCAAGUUUGGCCGCGAAUUUGUCGGUGCUUGCUGGGGUAUCUUCUUCAUUUUCAUCAUGGCCAGUCACUUGUUGACCUUCACUGUCGCCAUGAACACUAUCACUGACCACGGUACCUGCACUAUCGUGUUUGGAAUCGUCGGAUUGGUCGUUUCCUUUAUUUGCUCUCUCCCUCGCACUCUGGAGAAGAUGUCGUGGCUGUCCCUCGUCUCUUUCGUCAGUAUCCUAUCGGCCGUUCUGAUCACCAUGAUCGCAUUGGGAAUUGAGCAGCCCGACCCCCGUGUCAUUGCUGUCGCCAACACCAAUCUUUACCACGGUUUUACUGCUGUCACCAACAUCGUCUUCGCAUUCUGCAGCCACGGUGCCUUCUUCGGUCUGAUGGCUGAACUGCGCAACCCCCGCGACUUCACCAAGUCCCUUUGCUUGCUGCAGGGUAUCGACGUGACCCUCUACCUGAUUGCCGCCGUCGUCAUCUACCGCUACGCUGGAGAUGGCGUCACCUCGCCCGCCUUGGGAUCGGCCUCGCCCGUCGUCUCCAAGGUCGCCUACGGUAUUGCUUUGCCGACAAUCGUCAUCGCCGGUGUUAUCAACGGCCACGUCGCCUGCAAAUACAUCUACGUCCGUAUCUUCCGCGGCACUGACCGGAUGCACAAGCGUGAUAUGGUCGCCAUCAGCUCCUGGAUUGGCAUUGCCCUAGUCAUGUGGGUUUUGGCCUGGAUCAUUGCAUCCGCCAUCCCAGUUUUCAGCAACUUGCUGAGCUUGAUUACUGCUCUGUUCGCCAGCUGGUUCUCUUUCGGUUUCCCGUCUAUCAUGUGGCUCUACAUGAACAAGGGCGUGCACUUCUCGUCCCCGCGGAAGAUCACCAUGACCAUCAUCAACCUGAUCAUCAUCGGCAUUGCCUGGGCGCUUUGCGGUAUGGGUCUCUGGGUGUCUGGUAAGGCUAUCCAUGACAACCCCAGCAGUUCGAGCUUCUCAUGCGCAAAUAAUGCUUGA